CGCGGGCCGCCGCCAUGGAGCCCCCCGCGCAGCUGAAGGACCGCAUCCUGGAGAACAUCUCGCUCUCCGUCAAGAAGCUGCAGAGCUACUUUGCCGCCUGCGAGGACGAGACGCCCGCCAUCCGAAACCACGACACGGUCCUGCAGCGCCUCUGUGAACACCUGGAUCACGCCCUGCUUUACGGGCUGCAGGACCUUCCUUCGGGCUACUGGGUCCUGGUGGUCCACUUCACCCGCCGAGAGGCCAUCGAACAGAUCGAACUGCUGGAGCACGUGACCACCAACCUGGGGCGCAGCCGAGCAUGGCUAUACCUGGCCCUGAACGAGAACUCUCUGGAGAGCUACCUCCGCCUCUUCCAGGAGAACCUCCCGCUGCUGCAUAAGCAUUACGUCAAAAACGCCCUGGUCUGCAGCCACGACCACCUGACCCUCUUCCUCACCCUGGUGGCGGGCCUGGAGUUUAUCCGAUUCGACCUGGACCUGGACGCCCCUUACCUGGACUUGGCCCCCUACAUGCCGGAUUACUACAAGCCCCAGUUCCUGCUGGACUUCGAGGACCGCCUGCCCGGCUCCCUCCACGGGUCGGACAGCCUCUCCCUCAACUCCUUCAACUCGGUGACCUCCACCAACCUGGAGUGGGACGACAGCGCCAUCGCCCCCUCCAGCGAGGGAUCNACCACCGCAUGGGAAGAAGGAGACCUGACCGACACGCUCAGCUGCCCACGUUCCGUGGCCUCCGAGCUGAACGGCAGCCGGGCUUCGGCCAAAAGCCCCACCCAGCGCUACAACCCUUUCAACGGGAAGGCAGAAGGGCCGUCCUCCGCCGAGAGCACCCCAGUGCACGCUGCCUCGCUGAGGGCCGACCUCCUGGCCGACGGCACCGAUCAAUCCGAGGGCUGCACGGAGCUGGAAGUCAUCAGGCUGGCGAAAAAGAAGAAAACGGUCAAGAAGAAGAAAGUGAAAUCGGAGGAGGCCGCCGUCCCCUCCCUCCCCGCUCCUGCUCUGGGUCAGGAGGUCAGGCAGCCAGGGGCCGCCCCAGAGUCCGACUUGGCGGUCAGCGCCGAGGAGACGCCGUCCCUCUGCCAGCUGGCCCUGCGGAUCCCCGAAAUGAAGGACAUGGCCAUGGAGCGGGUGGGGCAGGCCCUCAGCAAGGCCAUCGACUCGCUGGAGGAGACCGACGGGUGGAGCCGCAGCCUGGAGCCCCACCUCCUGGACCAGUCCUUUCGGACUGACUUGCCGAGGGACGCCCCCUCGGAAGGGCCACCCCUUGGCGGCUUUGGUCAGGGGCUGCCGGCCCCCAUGGACUUCUACCGCUUUACCGUCGAGAGUCCAAACACUCCUGCAGCAAGUAGUGGCCACCAUGACGCUUCAGGGGAUGGUCAACCGCCACAUGUUCCUGGUGGCCCUGAAGCUUCUGAACAAGAGGAAGAAGGAGGAGGAGGAGGAGGAGAGGGGGAGGCUGCUGGACCGGCCGUAGCCGGCUCGCCGGGAGAAGCGGUGGAGAUGGCUAGCGCGGUGGCCCUCAGCAGGCUGAAGGAGGAUCGGGAGAGCCCUUCCCCGAGCAGCGCCGAGGACUCCGGGGUGGAGGAGGGGCAGGGCAGUCCGUCCGAGGCUGCCCACCCCUCGGAGUUCAGGGUGGACAACAAUCACUUGCUGCUCCUGAUGAUCCACGUCUUUCGCGAGAACGAGGAGCAGCUCUUCCGGAUGAUCCGGAUGAGCACAGGGCACAUGGAAGGGAACCUCCAGCUGCUUUACCUGCUGCUGACCGACUGUUACAUGUACCUCAUCCGCAAAGGAGCUGCCGAGAAGCCCUACUUGGUGGAUGAGGCUGUGUCCUACAAUGAGCUGGACUACAUCUCGGUGGGCCUCGAUCAGCAGACGGUGAGCUUGGUCUGCACCAACCGUCGGAAGCAGUUCCUGCUGGAUACAGCGGAUGCUACCCUGACUGAGUUCUUCUUGACCUCCCUGAAGUCCGCGAUGAUCAAAGGCUGCCGCGAGCCGCCGUACCCCAGUAUCCUGACGGAUGCCACCAUGGAGAAACUGGCGCUGGCCAAAUUUGUGGCUCAGGAGUCCAAGCGGGAGAUCUCAGAGGUAAUCGUCCACUUCUACGGCCUUGUUCACUGGGAAGACCCCAUGGACGAGACCUCUGGCCCAGUUUCCUCUCACUACGCACCAGCGGAAAACUCCAUCCUCAAGGAAGGUGUGCUGAAUUACAAGGCAGGAAACAAUUACUUGGGCAAGGAAGUCUGGAAGUCCUGCUUUGUGGUGCUCAGCAACGACAUCUUGUAUCAGUAUCCAGACCGGACAGAUGUCACCCCGCUGCUGGCUGUGAAUAUGGGGGGGGAGCAGUGUGGCGGGUGCCGAAGAUCGAGCGCCACGGACCGGCCUCACUCCUUCCAGGUCAUUUUGACGGACCGCCCUUCCUUGGAGCUGAGUGCAGAGAACGAAGAGGAGAUGGCCGACUGGAUGCAGUACUUAUGCCAGGCGGUCUCCCAAGGGGUGGUCCCCCAGGGCGUGGCCCCCGCCCCCUGCGUCCCCUGCUGCCUGGUGGUGACGGAGCAGAAAGUGUUCACCUGCCAUGAGGACUGCCAGACCAGCUUCUUCCGCUCACUGGCCACCGCUGAGCUGGCGGAGGUGGCUUCCGUCUCCACGGAGGCCGGCCGGGAAUAUUGUCUCCUGGAGUUUGCUCAGGAGCAGAAGCAGUACCUGCCCCCGUGGGUCCUCUACUUCAGCUGCCCCGCAGAACUGGAGCGGUUCCUGCUGGUGCUGGACGCCGUGUGGAAGAGCACCUACCAGGUGGACCUUCCGCACAAGCCCGUCGAGGACGGCUCCGUUCGGAAGAAAUGCGAGGAUGCGCUGAGCUUGAUCCACAGCAUGUGGCAGCGCAGCGACAGCCUGUGUCGUGGCCGGGCUUCCCGGGACCCCUGGUGUUAG